GUAGGGAGUCAGCUAGCUAACUGUACAGCAAACACAGCUAGAACAGGUUGUACAGUAGUGACCCCUCUUUGUCAGUGUAGGGAGUCAGCUAGCUAACUGUACAGCAAACACAGCUAGAACAGGUUGUACAGUAGUGACCCCUCUUUGUCAGUGUAGGGAGUCAGCUAGCUAACUGUACAGCAAACACAGCUAGAACAGGUUGUACAGUAGUGACCCCUCUUUGUCAGUGCAGGGAGUCAGCUAGCUAACUGUACAGCAAACACAGCUAGAACAGGUUGUACAGUAGUGACCCCUCUUUGUCAGUGUAGGGAGUCAGCUAGCUAACUCUACAGCAGGUUGUAGUGAGUUGUGCUGCAACAGUGAGGAGGGAGAGCUCUUCAGUGAUUGAGAGUAGAAUGAUUGAUGCCCCGCCUGUAUUGGAGAAAUCUUGUAAGGUCUAAAGGCAGCAGGGAAACUACACCAGUGGCGGUAGCUGUGGCGACAACGACCACGACUGACAUAGAGAUCUUGGAGCUCUGUCAGUGGUCAGUAGGCGAUGUGUGUGAUUAGAUCUUUUACUUCCCUGUGAUUGUUGGAUGUUACCUGGAAAGACAUGGAGUCCCAGAACUCAAGCAAUUUUCUGAAACACAGUAGUGGGGACCUCCACAGUCGAUUAAAAACCCGCAAACUUCUCGGCGUUGGGGAAACGGAUGAUGGCGAUGUUCACAGGUCAAAGUUGAGCCAGAUCCUGGGCCACAGCGACCAGCUGUACAUCCGCCUGCCUCAAGGUCUGCGAGUAUGGCAGUGUAUGCUGGCUGCAAUGUUCACCAUCAUCGCCCUCUGGGCCCUGGUGUUUCCGGCUCAUCUGUUCGACAUCUCCUUUGAGACGGAGGAGGGAAAAUACCUGACACUUCCAGUUCGUCUCUACGGCGCUGCAUUGCUCAGUCUCUCUCUGCUUCACUGGAAUACCCUCCAGUCUCAGGACCGCGACGUCAUCCGGGGCUCUCUGCUCUCCAGCGUCAUCUAUUUCUCUCUACAAACCAUCGUUACAGGCCUUCAUCUGCUGUGGACGGGGAGUCUGUCUCGCAAUGCAUCUAUCCUACUGGGCUGCCGGGCCAUGUUUGCACUCAUCACCUACCUGUUCUAUCACCUGGUGGGCUGUAAGAACGUCUCCAUCCGCCGCACCAACUCCACCAGCAAGGAACUCCACAACCAGAAAGAGCACUAAACAAGGGCACAUAACCUACGCACUGUCACAAAUCCUCAUCGGGGAAGUGUCCUUGAUAUCACCUUGUGUAGUCAUCAGGGUAGUAGUUCCUUUGUCUUACUAGUAUAUGUAGUCGUUGGGAAGAUAGUUUUCUCAAUUACAAGAUCUCCCUGGCUUCCCUCCUCAAAGCAGUCAUGGCACUGUGAGUAGCAUUGGACUUAUUGCAUGGCUAUGACAGAUUAGUGGAAGUGAGGUCAGGUCACUAAGGUCAGGUCAUCAGAUGACAAGGUCAGGUCACUAGGUGACAAGGUCAGGUCAUCGGAUGACAAGGUCAAGGUCACUAGUGAUGAUGUCAAGGUCACUAGACAAAAAUGUCAGAACACUUGGGGAUGAGGUUAAGGUCACAAGAUGUCAAGGUCCUUGGUGAAGGUCAGGAUGGACACUGAGGGAGGGAGGUGACACUCUGAUGUGGGCAUUAAUUUUAAACGUUUAACACAUUGCCAGAAAUUUAGAUUGUUUGCCAGAAAAACAGGGCAUCCAAAUGAUAGUUUAUUUAUCAAUUUAUGCCAUCGGAACAAAUACAAUGGAUGCAAGAUUAGUGUCUCAAGAUAUCUCUUUAUUGUUUGAUCACAAAACAUGAUGUCAAAAGUCUGCCAUGAUACGAACACCUCUAGCAUUAUACAAAAGGGCAUUCUCUUACAGGCAUCCUCUGCAAAUAGAUUUACAAGUGAAUUCUUCUCAACAUAUUGUAAACCAAUCAUAUCAGGCAGAGUGUUAAGUGCAGAUCUUGGUGGUAGUAGCAAAUAUUCAAUAUUCAAUAUUAUAUUAUGCAACAAAAUAAACAUAUUUUCAAUAGAAAUACUAUUCUAAUCUUUCACUAGUUUUGGAAGACAAAACAGCUGAUGGUUGUCUAAUGUCUGUUACUUACUAGUGAACACUCUUAUAUUUGAUAACAAGUCCAUUCUAGGCAUGAAGUGCAGUGCAUGUUGAGAAUGUCACCAGUAUCUUUAUUACUUCUCUGGAAUCUGAUAGUAUAGGGCUGAAAGAUGCUUAGCAGUUGGACAUUCAUGUGUUGCUGUAUUCCAGUGGAUUGUUAACUGUAUCGUGGUUGUGUGUCAGCAUAGGUAACGCCUUGUCUUGUCACAGGUAAUGCUUCAUCUCAUCACAUACAUGUUCCACUGUCUUACAUUUUGAAAGCAUCUCAUUAAUGCUUCUGCUUUGGUGACUGAACACUCGCUAAGUGACAUCUCUGACUGAACACUCCUUGAGGAACAUCUGUGACUGAACACUCCUCCAGGAACAUCUGAGACUGAACGCUCCUCCAGGAACAUCUAUGACUGAACGCUCCUCCAGGAACAUCACUGGUAUUCAUGUUGAGUGGUACUGGUAUUGCUCGACGUUCAGGUCAUCACCAUGGGCUUAUGUGGAAUUACGUAGUGCUGUUAAGUGUAUCAGCUGAUUUGGUGACAAGUCGUGUGCUGUGGUCAAUGCUGUACUGGACAGUACUAGAGAGCCACUGCUACUGGUCAACUGCCCCUGAAGUAGGAACCUCCUGAUUGACCCCAUUAUAGUGACCUUUGGCAGUACACCUGGAGGGUGAGGUUCAGACCUACCCUGUCCACCCACAUCAUAAUAGACUUUACCAGACAUGUGGGAAUGAACUCUACCUGACAUGUGGCAAGAUCCAUUGGUGUGGAACGAGAACAUGUGCGGACUUCCUGGGUUGGUUCACCAGUAGCUGGCCACUUAAACAGGCAGCUUAUCAAGUAAUUAGCAGCAAGUCCAGGACAGCCGAUAGUCUGUACCUUAGAGUGCAGGCUUAACUCAUGACGACAUCUUAUGGAUGAACCAUAGUUAGUGAUAACUUCUGAUGUAUCGGACACAGUGCCAUAAAAUUCUAUAAGUUGCCUAUGGAUAAAUUUUUUUCCUUGCUUAGGUCAAUGAAAAACUGGUGAUGGCCUUGUAUAGGAUCAUUACAAAAACACAUGCUCUUUCCUUCAUCAGAGACCAUAUUUUAUCUGAUUUAAGUCUCUUCUGUAUGUCAGCCUCUCAGGCAAAUUGUAAUUGUGUUCAGGCACAAGCAUUGUGUUCAGUCACAGGGUCACAGGCAUUGUGUUCAGUCACAGGGUCACAGGCAUUGUGUUCAGUCACAGGGUCACAGGCAUUGUGUUCAGUCACAGGAAUUGUGCUCAGGCACAGGCCUAGUGUUCAGGCACAGGGUCACAGGCCUAGUGUUCAGUCACAGGGUCACAGGCAUUGUGUUCAGGCACAGGGUCACAGGCAUUGUGUUCAGUCACAGGAAUUGUGCUCAGGCACAGGCAUAGUGUUCAGGCACAGGGUCACAGGCCUAGUGUUCAGGCACAGGGUCACAGGCAUUGUGUUCAGUCACAGGAAUUGUGCUCAGGCACAGGCAUAGUGUUCAGGCACAGGGUCACAGGCCUAGUGUUCAGGCACAGGGUCACAGGCAUUGUGUUCAGUCACUAUCAUUGUGCUCAGUCACAGGCCUAGUGUUCAGGCACAGAGUCACAGGCAUUGUGUUCAGUCACUAUCAUUGUGCUCAGUCACAGGCCUAGUGUUCAGGCACAGGGUCACAGGCAUUGUGUUCAGUCACUAUCAUUGUGCUCAGUCACAGGCAUUGUGUUCAGUCACUAUCAUUGUGCUCAGUCACAGGCCUAGUGUUCAGGCACAGGGUCACAGGCAUUGGUUAUAGGGAUAUCAGCAAUAUACUGCAUUCCAUACAGAGGUAUAACAUAAUCAUUGGUAUUUAUUGCUUAUGGUAUUGUAAGUGGUCCAAGUUUGUAUCAGUUUUACAGUGUAGUAUUUCCAUUGCCAAGUAUCUGAAGUGUUAGAAGUCAAAUAUUUUUGAAUCCUGACAAUCUCAUCUUUGUGACACCUCUGUACAUGGUGAGAGCUUCUGUAGCCCAGCAAUUGUCACAGUCAGUGAUGUGAUGACUCCAUUUCUGUCUCCGAGAACAGAAUUAUCGGCUGUCCUUGAGCCCAUAUACUGAUGAGGUUGUGACAGUGACGUGUCUGUGUUGAAGGUUCCCAGGAAUCUAUGGUCUGUGUACACCAUGUUCCUCCAUCACACAGAUACACACGGUGCUGUAAGUUGUGCAUUGUCUCUUUAGUCCUGUAAUGAAACAAGACCGAGUCAAAGGAGCUCAGUACGUGAGUGCAGCUUUCUAAGUUCGUCUUUUUGUUAGGGAGCCAAGUGGAUCCUAACAUGAAUAUUUUAGGAGCCAAACCUAAUUUUUUAGGAGCCAACAUAUCUUAAACAUAAAUAUUUUCGCCAGUUAUGUUUACUUUUAGGAAGCCAAGUGGCGAGCAGUAGAUAAAUUUAAGUCGCCAAUCAUAGAUGUGAGUUGUAUUUGGCCACCAAAAUGGCUGGAAUUUUGUGUAAACCAUUGCCUGAAAUUGAAGCAAUGAUGUUGAUGUAAUCUGAACUGUCAUUGACCUGGAACUAAAUUUACUGGUCCAAAAUUACAUAUAUACAACACAGCUGGUAUGUAUUUGUGGUUGCUGAAGGAACUUGGUGUAUACAAACCUGGGAAGUAGUGACAAAGGUAUCAGUCCCGUAUGUGUGUCGUGCGACCAUCCCACCUCGGGCUUGACGAUACAUAGCUCGAUGUCUCAUUUCUCCAUUAACAACUGAUGUGUAAUUCCUGUGUUUCUGUAAGUAUAUAUGUGCCUGCGUAUAUACCCCUGUAUGACCACCAUGACAUAUCAUCUACCUCAUAAUGUCUCUGUACCAUGCCCACACCAGUUAUCUCCCUUCAGACACAAAUACCUGAGUUGUAGCAGCAGGCUUGUCGAGACAUACGUUAUAUACAGAAUCAAGUUUCCACAUGAUUUGGGGAAAUGAAGUCUUCAAUUGAUCAGAUUUAAGCUUUCGAUUUAGUGUUCCUAUCAGUGCCUGAUGGAGACAUCUGACUGUGGUGUGUUUGUUUGUUGUCGGGAAAACAAUAUUUAGCGACAUCUUGAUCUUACAUUUUUAAUAAUGAAAAAUCAUUCACAUGAUUGAUUUUGAAUAUAUAAGGAACUUUGAAUUGAUUACUUAGUUCAAUUCUUUUAUUAAGGCAACUUCUGGAAGCAAAAAAUUUUAAAAAAAUAAAAAAUUUAAAAAAACUUACGGAAGCAGUUUCACAAUCACCUCUUGCACCGUACAUCAUCUAGGUAGAUAUGUAUCAUCUUUCAUGACUCACACAUGGCCUGGAAGGGAUUCAUUUCCAGCGUGGACUGGAAGCAACCCAGUUAGGAUCAUCCUACAUAUAGCAGCUGUCUCACCUCAUGCACCAAGUCAACCGUCAUGUCGUCACGUCAUGUCGUCAUGUACUCCUUGUACACGUUUGUUUGUCUGUUAUAGAACACACAAUAUACCUGUGGAAAUGUUACAAAUAUCAUGAUGCACACCUGUCACUUAUUAUGCUUUGUUAAUGGAAGUUUAGGAGUUCAGUCAAAGAGUCUUGUAUUAUGAUCUGUCCGUGGUGGAGGCGUCCCGCUGCACAUCAGAGAGACAGCAAAACCUCCCACUCAGAUUCCACUUACUCGUUCUUCCUUUCCGAAAUAUAUUUUAAGGUUAUGUGACCUUCUGGUAGUAUGAUCGGCGUUAUGUCUCACUUCGGCACUCCACUUGUUGAACUGCACUUGAUACAGUGAAACCUUGUUUGUCUGGACACUCUACAUUCUGGACGUUCUUGAUGGCGAUGUAUAUCACCAAAGUAACAGUGUAGUAGUGGUAUAAGUGUUCACUCAUCACGCGGAAAGGUCCGAUUCCGAUUCCCCAUAUAGGUUCAAUGUGUGAAGCCCAUUUCUGGUGUACCCUGCCGUGAUAUUGCUAGAAUAUUGCUAAAAUCGGCGUAAAACCAUACUCACUCACUCGCUCACUGCUCCUGGGACAUCAAGUGGGAAGAAGACCCAUCUAGACAAGAAACCAGUCUACAUGAAAUCAAAGUCAUAUUUUUGACAGGUUGGCCUUGUAUCAAUGUGCCAAGCAUUUCAUAAUAAUUUAGAAUGGGUUGUCUGGUCCCAUUACCCAAAAUGUUUGUCUGUAAUCCUAAAUUUUGCCUUUCAGUGUCUUUUUCACUAGAUUUUAAUCUGUACAUUUUGGGUUUUAUCACCUGGACUUUCUUGAAUUUCUGCUUGACUGGGGCAUAAGGCAAGUCGCUAAAGCCCGACUGUUGAACAAUAUGGUCACAGUUGCCAUGGUAACUAUUGAGUCUGAGAAAGGCAGAGCAGGAUGGACAUAUUAUUUCUAAGUUGUCGUGACUUCUUGUUUUGUUGAAUUGGUGAUUGUCAGUCAUUGUCAACAUGUUGCUGGUUGUCAUAGCAACAACAGAUGUUUCAUGUCAUACCCCGACGUGUGUAGCCAUGGGAUCAGUGUCAAUCGGACAACCUGUUGUCAUGGGAACAGUGUCAUAUGGACAUCCUUCAUCAAUGUUGAGUGUUGUCGAAACUGUUCAAACAUAUCAAACUCCACAAGUCAUUGUAAACAGCCAAUAUUCAUCUUUUUAAAUUUGUCUUUUAGACAUUUAGAGACUGAUCUUUAAAGUUAUCUUUUUUAUGAAAUGUACGAUUUUUAUCAAAUUUUGUAAAAUGAUUUUUUCUAAUAAAUUUCGAGCUGAGACAGUAGCGAGAUUAGCAUGAAGUUUGUAUGGUUUAGUGGUAGCGCAUGGAAUAAUUUGCUUGUUCUUAUGGAGUCGAUGGAUGCGGUUGCUGUGACGGCAUCCAUCGUAGCCCUGUAGAAGCCCUGUCUUAUUAUAGUCAUCUCACUCCAACACACCAUGUUCAGAGCAUUGAUGUAUAUUUUGUGAAUAAAAUGUGAAUCUUUAA